UCUACCUUCAUAUUCUCUCUCCUAUACCACUCCACUUUCACUUUCGAAUUUCUACCAUGGUUAACAACACUCCUUAAACCCUGUUAAAAACCCUAGAAUCAAAUUUCCCAAUUCAAGUUCUACUUAAAACUAAAUCAUGGACUUCAAAUUCCGUUCUGUAGAUGAAAGAUCUUCAAAUUUCUUCCCUUCUGCCCCAAAUUUACCCAAUCAUACUGUCAAUAACAUCUCUUACUUCACUCAUCAAGCAAUUCGAGCGGGGUUUACCAGUCCAGACCCGAGACACCGUGAAUUUAAUGGAAACCCUAACCCUAAUCGUGCUAACACUUACCCUAAGGAUAUUCGGGAAUCGAUACAGAGGGAGUUGGAGAAGGAGAAGAUUAGAGCUGAAAUCAUUGCAGAGGAGGUUUAUAGGAGGAGGAUUUUGGAGGAAGAGGUGAGGAGGGAGAUGAUGUUUGAGAGAGAGAUGGCGAUGAGGAGAGGGGAAGGGGAGUUUGGGUUUGGAUCGUCAAUGCGGUUUGAAACUAGGGUUCCUUUGUUGACGAAUUUUGAGCAUCCAAUUGGGGUUUUGCCUCACCAGGAAGUCGGGUUUCUUGGGUCCCAAACGCUGCCGUUUCAGAGGGAUCCUGUUGUUGCUAGGAGUGUGGAUGUGGAUGGGAAUGGGUUUUCUUUGGGUGUGAGGUUGAAGGAAAUUAAGGAAAUAAAGGGUUCUGCCUCGGAGGUCAAUAAGGAAAAAGUUCUUAUCUUGGCGAAGUCCAAUGCAACUGAUCAUUUGAAGCGUAAAGCAACACCACCACCAAUUGAAGCUGCUGUUGACGGUUCAUGUGCCGUGUUAAAGAAACAGAAAAGCAAAGACGAGUGGAGUUGUGCUCUAUGUCGUGUGACUGCAACAAGCAAAAGAGCCUUGGAUGAUCAUCUGCAGGGGAAAAAACACAAGGCUCGAGAAAAUGGAUUGAGUUCUCAGAGAACGGGCUUUGGUACUGGCCCGUUACCAAAGAUAGGUAAUACCAGUACAGGUACAGGCAAGCCCAUCAAAGUACCCGGCACAAUUAACAACCCAAGCUUUAGGAAGAAGGAUGAGAAAGAAGGCAGUGAAAUAGUACCAGGAACUGACAAUAAGAUAGUCUUUGUGCAGGAAAAAGAGGCUUGUACAGAGAAAAAGGAAAAUCAAGAAGAUCCUAAAUCGGGUAAAAAGUUCAAAUUCUUUUGUGAAGCAUGCAAGGUCGGAGCUUACUCCUCGAAAGUGAUGACCGCCCAUAAGAAGGGAAAACGACACUCUGCAAUGGUUAUGGAGCUGAAUAAAACUGAUAAAGUUUUCACCUGCACAAAAAGUUGCAAUUGAGGAAAACAAUGAAUCAGAUAAGACUCUUCCGUUGGUAAAAGCUGUUGUUGAAGAAAAGAAGGAACUAGACAUUACUGUUGUUGAAGAAAUCAGUAAUGAAAUACUUGGAGAACAAGUAGAAGAAAGCAACAAAGAAAUCAUUGAUUGUGACUUUCCUAAAUAGAGGUCCAGUUAGAUUGUCCAGUGUUCUUUAUGAGUGUAUUUGAUGGGAACCUCCAUUGCCCUGUGAAUAAAUGAUCUGUAUUGUAAUUUGUUUUCAGAUUGUUUUAUGUAAUCUGUAGGAACUGGCAAACUCAUUGGGUUGGGCUUGUUUUGUGUUGAUAAACGAGUUGAUAAUCCUUGAACGUAAAUGUGGCCCGUUCAUGAAACGAGUUGAGAAAAA